GCAGCCCUGUCUGUCACCUGACACGCAGGGGAAGAGGUCACAAUCGGGGCAGCUUCGUGUUUAUUACAGCGUGGGUGUUUUGACACAAUCUUCGUGAAAGCGGCAGCAAUGAUGCAAAGACUUUGAUCAUUUUGUUUUGUAAAAACUGAGACCACCGACCUUUAUAAACAGAACAAUAUCGAAAUAAUAAUACUAUAGUGUGUGCAUAUACAUAUAUAUAAUUAAUGUGUGCAAUUGAUGAACUGGAAAAUCAUUUUAUAGCACUAACUUUCUCUAGCAUGGUAAUCGCAAUUUGCACCCGUGUUGCUCAGUUCGAGUCUGGAUUUGAGCGUGUGUCGGAUUUGUGAAUUUCCGACAGGCAGCGCGCCGGCCCCCCCCCCGCUCUGGCUGAGCGUUGCUGUGCCGGGUCCUGUAUGGGAGCCCGUGCGGGGCUGUGCCGGAGACCCCGCGCUGCCUGCACCUCUAUCAUCUCGGUUGACAUGGAUGAUGAAGAUGGAAGGUGUCUGUUAGAUGUUAUUUGUGACCCUCAGGCACUCAAUGAUUUCUUGCACGGAUCGGAGUCGCAGCUGGACAGUGAUGAUCUCUUGGGGGGUUCAGGGGACCCCGCUGGCUCCUUCUUUGUGGGCUCCGUGCACCACAUCCAGGAGCCCCGGUCCUCCACUCACCUGUUAGCCAGCGAGCCCUCGGCCACGGCUGGCGCCAGUGUGGACCUCGACUUCCUAGAGGAUGAUGACAUCCUGGGCUCUCCGCAGGGGGGGGGCGGGCCUGGCUCGGACCAGCCCUGUGACAUCCUGCAGCAGAGCCUGGCCGAGGCCAACAUCACAGAGCAGAGCCUGCAAGAGGCUGAGGAGGAGCUGGACCUGGGGGCCUUCGGCCUGCCCAGCCUCCCCGAGGGGACCCCCCUGCCCCCGCCCGCCCCCGCCCCCGCCCAGCUCUUCCAGGGUCUGCCCCCCCUCGCCACCCCGCAGGGCCUGGUGAACAAAGCGAUAAACGUGCAGCCGUUCAUGCAGCAUAUGGGGCUGGGGAACGUGACCCUGCAGUCUCUCCAGGGGCUCCAAGCCCUGCCCAACGGGGGCCCGGGGGUGGGGGUGGGGGGACCCCUCAGCGGACCUUUGGGGAUCAGCCAGAUUCAAGUGGUGGGCCAGCAGGUGAUGGCUAUCCACCAAUCCGGGCAGCCCAUCCUGGCCAAGUCGAUGGGCGGCUACCAGCUGGCCCCCCAGCACUGCGCCCCCCAGCCCCCAGACUCCCUGCAGGCUCUCCAGGGCAAGCCCCCCGGGGGGGCCCUGAACGGGGGCUUCGGGAACGGGCCGGGCCCCCCCCCCUCCCAGGGAGGGGCCACAGCGACGGUGCAGUGCGGCUCCGUCCUGCAGCCCCAGAACAUCGUGAUCCAGCGCACCCCCACCCCCAUCCAGCCCAAGCCCCCCACCGGGGGAGUGAUCCAGCCCAAGAUCUAUCAGCUCUCCCCCAAGACCAGCUUCUCGGCUGGGGGGGCAGGCCCGGGGGGCCAGGCUAGCACCCAGGGUGCGGUUCCACUCUCCGCUCUGCAGGGGGAGGUUGGGCAGAAGCACCAACAGCAGCAGCAGCAGCAGCAGCAGCAGCAGCAGAAUGUAGCUUUCGUGGCAGGCAAACCAGGGCAACAGAACUUGGUGCUUUCCACCCCAGGAGGGGCAUUCCCUCAAGCCUUGUCUGCCAGCAUGUUCAAGCACCACCAGGGUCUGCAGCAGCAGCAGCAGAGCCAGCAGCAGCAGCAGCUGAACAAACCCCUGAGCCUUCAUCUCCUCAACCAGACUGGCAGCAUCGUCAUCCCAUCCCAGGCCAUGCUCCAGGGGCAGGGCUCCUUCCUGCUGCCCCCGCACCUCUCAUCCGCCCUGCAGGGGGGGGGCCAGAUCCUCGCCCAGCACCCCGGGGGGGGGCACAUCAUCACCAGCCAGGGCCCCGGCGGGCAGCUGAUCGCCAACCAGAUCCUCUCCAACCACCAGGGCCUGGCCGGACAGCUCAACCUGGGGCAAAUGCUGGCGUCGCAGGGGCCCCAGGGCCACAUCCAGCUAUCGGGCCCCAUCCAGCUGCAGGGGGGAGGCCAGGUGGGGGCCCACACUUUGUUCCAGAUGCCAGUGUCGCUGGCAGGGGGCUCCCUGCAGACUCAGACUCAGUCAGGGGGAGCUGUGAUCCAGGCUGUGCCCAGCCCGGCACUGACCGUCCUCAACCAGUCACCGGAGCCCAGCAGUCAAACGCUCGUAUCCCGGCAACAACAACACCAGCGAUCUGAUUCCGGGCUGGCUGGGCUAAUGACCAGCAGCAGCAAUGAACAGCAGUCCCAGCCUCCUCCUCCUCCUCCUCCUCCCCCUCUCCCUCCCUCUAUAUUGACAGUACAGACCUCUUCCGGCACUCCUUCCCCCUCCCCUUCUUCUUCGUCAGCAGUGGCAUUGUCCUCUUCCUCCUCCUCCUCCUCCUCCUCCUCUCAGCCCCUCCAGAUCUCCGCUGUGCACCUCCAGCAACACCAGCCCCCCUCUCUACAUAGCCCCGGGCAGAUCAUCAUCAGCCAGCAGGGGGCAGGCAUGGUCCUCAGCCAGGAGUCAGUGCAGCGGUUCCUCCAACAGCAGCAGCAAGCUCUCUUCCAGGCAGCAGAGAAAGGCGUAAGCCCUGCCUCCAGCUGUGUCCCCGCCUCUGUCAUCGUCAGCAGCAGUUCUGACCCCUCCCCCUCCAGCCGCGAGAGCCUAUCAGCCGAGGCCAGACCUGGACAAGUCUCCGCCUCCUCCUUUGGCUCUCCACACACUCUGGUGUACCAGAUUUCAUCAACAGCGCAGCAGCAGCAGCAGUCCAAACCCCUGGGUGCCUCUCCCUCCAACACUCUACCUCACCCCCCCUCCGGCUCAAACAGCCCCCAGCUCCCCCCCCUCAUCCUGGGCCAGAUGCAUUCCCCGCACCCCUCCCGUCCCCCUUCCAGACCCCCCUCCCAGCCCCAGCCCCUCUCCCGCCCCCCCUCGGAACCCCCCCUACCCCGCUCCUGCACCCCCUCACAGCCCCCUCUCUUCAUCAUCCAAAACCACCCAGGGGGGUCUCCCCAACCCCAACCCCAGCAGCAGCAGCAGCAGCAACAAGGGGGUGUCACUGGCCCUCCCUCUUCAGCACAGUCCCCAGUUAUGAGACCCCACUCCCAGUCUCCCUACCAGUUGCCCCCCGCUUCCCAACCGGAGCGCCGGGCAAUGGGGUCCCCCCAGCCUCUGCACCUGCAGUCCCCCGAGAGCAGGGCAGGGCUGGCCGUGCCAAUGGGACAUUACCAGUUCCAUUUCCAGCAGCCAGCCCAGCAGCCAAUGCAGCAGCAGCAGCAGCAGCAGCAGCAGCAGCAGAGUCCAGGUUUGGGGCUCCAGGCUCAGCCCCCUGCUGCUCCCCCUCCCAUGCAGACCCUCCACCUGACUGCAGAGCAGCAGCAGAACCUGCAGCUGGUGGGGGCGCAGCUACAGACACUGUCAACCAUCGCUCAGCCCUCCCUGCAGCAGAGGCAGCUGCUGGACAAACUGCUCCAGAUCCAACACAACAUCAUCCUUCAGGCGAAGCAGCAGACCCUGUCCUCAAGCCAGGUGCUGUCCCGGUCUGGUUUGACUCAGUUCAGCAGCAACCCCCAGACCUCCGUGCUGGUCAGCCAGCAAGCCCCUCCCCCUGUCUCCAUCGCCCCGCCCAGCAGCCAGGCCAAGCCGCCGCCUCCUCAGCCGGACCCCGCCCACUCUGCUGCCGUGACCUCGCAGGGGGCGGGGCCUCCCGCACAGCUGGCCUCUCUGCUGCAGCAGACCUCUGUGGUGGUGAAGACGCCGGGCACUGGUUCGGGGGUCUCUCCUGCGAUGCAGAGCGAAGGAAAGUCAUUCCCCUCAGGGGGGGUGCAGAUCAAACAGGGGGAGCUCCUCCCCGUACCACAGACCGUGCAGGGGCAGCCGGGGGUGAUCAGCUCAGUGGGGGGUCUCAGUGUGUCGAAGGGGGAGCUGCAGAUGCAGGUUUUGGGGGCAGGGGUGCCCCAGAUACUGCACACAGCCUCCAUGCAGACCCAGCCCCAGUCACAGCUGGGAUCCGUGACGAGGCCUUUCUCUGCACCGCCCAGUAAAGAAGCUCGGAUGCUGGAGCAGCUCCGCAGACAGCAGGGGGCAGUGUUGCACCCGGAUUACCAGUCUCCCUUCAGCACCUUCGGGGAUGCACUGCAAAGAUUGCUCCCCUACCACCUGUACCAGGGGACCCCCUCCUCGGGCAAGGACUACACCAGAGUGGAUGAGGAGUUUGAGAGCGUCUCUGUUCAGCUUCUGAAACGCACUCAGGCCAUGCUGAACAAAUACAGACUGCUGCUGUUUGAGGAGUCCAGGCGCCAGGGCCCCUCUGCAGAGAUGGUGAUGAUUGACAGAAUGUUUAUACAGGAGGAGAAGAUGGCUCUAUCUCAGGACAAAGUGCUGGUCAAGGAGAGACCAGACGAGUACGUGCUUCCUUCCUGCGUCACACAGGGCCUCUCUACCUCCUCCUCCUCCUCAUCCUGCCCGCGGCCACCUGCCUCUUCCAACUCCCCCUCCAGCAGCGCCACAGCCCCGCCCCUCAUCACGCCCACCAAGCUGGUCAUCAAACACGCCGGGGGGGCGUCGCCCUCGGUCUCCUGGGCCCGGGCCACGCCCCCUCCCUCUGUGACGUCAUCGCCGGGGGGCGGAGACGCGGACUCCUUGCCUUCCCGGAGCAGCAGGCCACCGAUGAAGACCUAUGAAGCUCGCAGGAGGAUCGGGCUGAAGCUGAAGAUCAAACAGGAGGCUGGCUUGAGCAAAGUGGUGCACAACACGGCGCUGGACCCCGUUCACACGCCCCCCAGCACCCCCAAAACGCACGCGCCGGGCAGCACGGUCAUCCAGACUCUCGGCAACGUGACCGUCCCCGGGCCCGGCCCCCUCCCCAGCCAGCCCUUCCCCCCCACGGUGUCCACGGCGACCGGCACGCCCACGGUGAUCACGGCCAAUCAGGUGAACGGAACCCCGGGCCACCUGGCGGACAGGAAGCAGCCCACGCCCACUUCGUGCCGGCUCCCGCUGCGCAAAACAUACCGGGAGAAUGUGUGUCCGGCGGGGGCAGAACAGAAAUGGGGGGGGGGAGGACACUUUGGGGGCCCCCCCCUGCCCCAAAACACUCCCCCCACGACCCCCACCAGCACCACCACCGCGACUACCGUCACCCCCCAGCAAAGGGCGACUCUGCCCAGGAGACCCCAGACACAGCAGCAAGCGUUGUUAGAGGAAGAAGAGGAGGAGGAGGAGGGAGAGGUGGAGAGGGGCAGGACCGUCAUUGCCAGAGUGAGGCUGGAGAAGAAAGGGAGGAGCCCCAGGCACGAGGCUGUGAUAUUCGGGAAGGAUCGGGAGAGGGCCAUUCCCAAACAAGAAGAGCUGAAGCAGCUUUCCGGAGCGGAGGAGGAAUUCUACAGGGGGGCGAUCAAGCAGGAGCCCCCGGACCACUACAGCCCAGGCGGGGGGCUCUUAAACACACACCCAGGCUUCUCCGGCCCUGCCAGGGCUCGGGGAGCAGGACUGGGGGGGUCCCCCGAGGGGGAGGGGGGGGGCAGCUCGUGGGACAGCCCCUUCCCCAGCGCAGCCAAGCGCCGCAAGUUGGAGUCUCUGGAUGUGGACAACGCCAGCUUCUCCAGCGGCAGCCCUCCCCAGGAUGACUCUCUCAACGAGCACCUGCAGACCGCCAUCGACUCCAUCCUCAACCUGCAGCAGGGACAGGGGCCCCCCAGACCCCAGCCCGGGCCCUGCAGGGGCCCCUCGAACACACACAGGCAGCAGCAGCAGCAGCAACCGGCCGCAGACCCCACUUACCCCCCCAGGAGCCGCAAUGGAGGAGUGGGCAAGGCAAGGACGUAUAGUAGAUAACAGAGAGGCAGCGGGGGGUGGGUCUGUCUGUCUGUCUGUCUGUCUGUCUGUGUGACGGGCUGGGGGACUGUCUCUCUAGAAUUGAGUAUUAUGACUGUCCGUUUUUUUUUGUUUGUUACUAUGACGACGACAGCGUCACUGAACUGAGGAAUUCCAGGAUCCUUUUGUCGUGUUUCGUUUUUAUUAUUAUUUCUCGUUCUGCUUCAAAACUGAAGAACUGGACUGAGACGGACACACACACACACACACACACACACGCGCACACACACACACACACACGCGCACACGCGCACACACACACACACACACACACACACACACACACACACACACACACACACGCACACGCUUGCCCGCAGUGUGGAGUGCAUUCUGGUUUCGACCGGAACUCUGUCUGCUGUUUCCGUUUGCUCAGUUAAAGGGCACAUAAGGAUUUUUUUAUUUUAUUUGUGUUUUUACAACUGUUUAAGGUGUGUGUAUUGUUUAUUUUUUAAUUUUUUUUUUUACAUUUUGACCACUUUUAACUUUUAAAUUGCAUUCCCUGCCUCAAGAUGGCUUCCCGUGUACCCGCAUGGACCUCUCAGAACUACAUUUCCCAUCAUCCUCCUGCUCACUGGUAAAUCCAUCUCGGUUACAUAUGUGAGCAGGAGGAUGAUGGGAAAUGUAGUUCUGAGAGGUCCAUGCGGGUACAUGGGAAGCCAUCUUGAGGCAGGGUAUGCAAUUUAAAAGUUAAGUGGUCAAAAUUAAAAAAAUAAAUAAAUAAAUAAUUAAAACAAUACACACACCUUAUGUAAACAGUUGGAGCAACACAGGGGAACACAAACAAAUAAAAAGGUUCUUAUGUACCCUUUUAAGAUCAGUGAUCCUCAACAUCAGUCUUAUAAUCAUGUUUUGUUAAAACCAGUUGUAUUUAUUAUUAUUAUUAUUAUUAUUAUUAUUAUUAUUAUUAUUUUCUCAGUCCUCCAGUCUGCUAAUGCAGAGGUGUCACUCUGUGUGCCCUGUGCUUGAGUCUCAGUAUCUUUCCUUUUCACCGUAUCUGUGCCAGUCUCUCUCUCUCCUCUCUCAGAAGGGGUGAUUAUGAAGUAUUAGUUAAUAAUGCACCUUCCUCUCUCAUGGUGUAAGAAUGUCUUCCCUCGAGUGCUUUCCAGCACACACCAUGAAAAAGACCGUCUCAGACGGACUUCAGGACUCGCUGUAAAUCAUGUUUUAAUAAUAAUAAUAAUAAUAAUAAUAAUAAUAAUAAACAUAAACAGUUUAUAGUUGAUCCUGUAAAGAAAGCAUUCAUCGAUACACAGUGAAACAAUAUGCUCCUAGCUAGAACUACAGUUCCCAGCAUGCCUCCCCACCUGCUUGCAAUGGUGAGGGAUGAUGGGAGCUGUAGUUCUUUAACUACAAAUGAUACAGACUUCUUAGAUAUGUCACAGAAAGAACGCAUCGAGAUUCAUCUGUAUACGCUGAGCUUUCUGUUAAGAGAGAACUCCACGUCAUAUCCUUACUGCAACAUGGUCUCAAAUCGGUAGAAAUACAGAUUAACACCCCCCCCCCCCCCCCCCCAUGUUAAGGAUCCUGGAAAUAAAAUUUGAAAUAUAGUACCCUCCAGAGCCCAUUUUUGUACUGUAUUUAUUGUGUAUAAUGUUAUAAUGUUGAAUUCAAUUUCUUUUUUCUUCUUUUUUUUUUUUAAAGAACUAUGUACAUUUAGUAAAACUGUAAAUUAAAUUGCUCCUUUUUAAAAAGUGCAAUGUAUUUUGUUUGUUUUCUGACAUUUAAAUACAGUUUCAAAAUGAA